UCCGCGAAACCCGUCCCCCCUUGCCACUCUCACCUCGCUCUCUCUCUCUCUCGGCGAGAUCUAGGGCUGCUACAGCGCCUUCAAUGGCUUCCACAAGUGCUGUUGGCGGCAGUUUUUCCAAUUCUCUGAAGCCUCUUCCUCGGAAACCCUCAUGCUGCCGACUAAAUGAAAGUUUGGUACAAUGUGUAUUAUGGUCUCCUAGAAGAAGAGAACAGAAAGUGAAGUCUUUGCGUAUAUAUGCUUUAUUUGGAGGAAAGAAAGACAAGAAUGAGGACAAUGAUGCAGCAGCUAAGGCAGGUCUGAUGGGGAACAUGCAGAAUUUGUAUGAGACUGUUAAGAAAGCCCAGAUGGUAGUCCAAGUAGAAGCUGUUCGUGUACAAAAGGAGCUUGAAGCUGCAGAAUUUGAAGGUUAUUGUGAAGGUGAGCUAAUCAAGGCAACGCUUUCUGGAAACCAACAGCCUAUACGCAUUGAAAUCACAGAGGCUGCCAUGGAGUUGGGUUCUGAAAAGCUCUCUUUGCUUGUGACCGAAGCAUACAAGGACGCCCAUAAGAAAAGCGUUCAGGCUAUGAAAGAGAGAAUGAAUAAUCUUGCCCAGAGCUUGGGGAUGCCACCAGGCCUCAUGAAGCAAUGAGACUGUUUCACAGUUCGCUGCCGCUGCUUUUGUACCCGACACAUUUCCAUGGUUCACUAACAAACAGCACACUGUGCUGGAGUUCCAACGUUCUUGUAUUGCAAAAUAGAAGCCAAAGGAAGAUUCAUAUCCAUCUCUUCCGCUGUGUUUGUUUGUCAUGAAUUCACACACCCAAUCUCGAACGCCUUAUGUUUAUUGUUCCAUAAAUCAUACUAGUUGUCGACAA